AUGCCGAUUGUUAAGAUUCACGCCCGCUCCGUCUACGACUCUCGGGGCAACCCGACAGUCGAAGUUGACGUCGUCACCGAGACGGGACUUCACCGUGCUAUCGUUCCUUCCGGCGCCUCCACCGGUCAACACGAAGCUUGCGAGCUCCGCGACGGCGACAAGUCGAAAUGGGGAGGAAAGGGUGUCUUGAAGGCGGUUGACAAUGUCAACUCGAUCAUCGGACCCAAGUUGAUUGAGAAAAACAUUGACCCCACCGACCAAUCUGCUGUGGACAAGUUCUUGAUUGAGCUCGACGGAACAGAGAACAAGACCCAUCUGGGCGCCAAUGCAAUUCUGGGUGUCAGUCUUGCUGUUGCGAAGGCCGGUGCUGCUCAGAAGGGCGUCCCGCUGUACGCACACGUUUCCGACCUUGCAGGAACGAAGAAGCCUUAUGUGCUCCCUGUGCCCUUCAUGAACGUCCUCAAUGGCGGUUCUCAUGCUGGUGGGCGUUUGGCCUUCCAAGAAUUCAUGAUCGUUCCCGAUCAAGCGCCUACGUUCUCUGAAGCCCUCCGCUGGGGUUCUGAGGUGUACCAGAAACUGAAGAGUCUUGCAAAGAAGAAGUACGGCCAGUCCGCUGGCAACGUUGGUGACGAGGGUGGCGUCGCUCCUGACAUCCAGACUGCUGAAGAAGCUCUUGAUUUGAUCUCGGCCGCCAUCAAGGAAGCUGGUUAUGAGGGCAAGAUGAACAUUGCCAUGGAUGUCGCCUCGAGCGAGUUCUAUAAGGUGGAGGAGAAGAAGUACGACUUGGACUUCAAGAACCCCGACAGCGACCCUACCAAAUGGGUCACAUAUGAGCAAUUGGCCGAUGAGUACAAGUCACUGGCCAGCAAAUACCCCAUUGUCUCGAUUGAGGAUCCCUUCGCAGAGGACGACUGGGAGGCAUGGAGCUACUUCUUCAAGACCAGUGACUUCCAGAUUGUCGGUGACGACUUGACCGUGACCAACCCCAAGCGUAUCAAGAGAGCCAUUGACGCCAAGGCUUGCAAUGCGCUUCUGCUCAAGGUUAACCAGAUUGGUACCCUCACAGAGUCCAUCCAAGCUGCCAAAGACUCUUACGCCGCUGGCUGGAGCGUCAUGGUUUCCCACCGCUCUGGCGAGACAGAAGAUGUCACCAUCGCAGAUAUUGUGGUUGGUAUUCGAGCUGGUGAGAUCAAGACUGGUGCACCGGCAAGAUCCGAACGUCUGGCCAAACUCAACCAAAUUCUGCGCAUUGAAGAGGAGUUGGGAUCCAACGCCAUCUACGCUGGCACCAACUUCCGCAAGUCUGUCACUUUGUGA